AUGCCUCCGCUAAGUCCGUCAACCCCAAACCCUGACCUCCCUGGCUUCUAUGACCCCGACACGUACAGUUCUGUCCAGCCGGGCACAAACCCCGAAGCCUUCAACAGGCUCCACAACGAGCCGAAGCGCGACAAUGUCGAUGACAACCUCUCAAUGCCUCGCUGGGCAGUCUGCCUCAUAGUUUUCAUCGUGGUCUUGGGCUUCUUCCUCAUAUUGAUCAUCUGGCUUCUCUCGCGCAACCGCCGUUUGAAAAUGGCCCGCGUCAAUCAAGAUGUUGAGCUCGAGUCGUGCGGUGGGCGCUCUCAUACACCUACACCCAGCCUUCCAGAGCUGUACUGGCCAGGCGUUUUCCCUCCUGCGCCUGCGUCGCCCGACUCGGACGCCACUGUCUUCCCUAAGGCUGGCACGCAGCGCGUUCCUCAGCAGCCUCGCGUGCACCUAGACAAGAGCCUUCCAGAUAUUCCUGCACACACUUUCACAGAUGCAGAGGACGAUGAAGAUUGGGAAACAGUCGCGCCGCUCACCCGCGACAACACGUUCAACGACGCUUUCGCCCAACACCGCCUCGACCAGGAGCGCCGCGAGAACGAGCACCGUGACAAGGAACGCCGCCAGAAGGAACGCCGCGAACGCGAGCGCCUCGAUAACGAACGCUCCCUGAUGGAGGCUCUGGCGCGCAGCAACCAGCGCGAGCGUCGCGGAAACCCCUACGAGCUCAGCCCCGAGCCUGCCUUCAACUAUGGCAAAAGCCCCGAGCCCGAGAGCAACGGCGGCAGCAAGAAGAACUCGCCGCAGCUGCACGACAUGAAGCCGCACGUCAACGAGAGCUAUGCUCGCUACCGCAGCUACCGCAUGCAGCUGAGCGACACGGACAACGACACUGAUGUCAUCCUCGCCUCCGACACCAACACCAUGGGUCCGCCCACGACGGCCACGACAUCCAAUACGGGCGCUAGCAACCCAUACAGCAACAGCAGCGGAGGCGGAAUGAUGCGAUCCAGCCGCGACCGCAGGCGCCUGGAGCUCACCGGAGGCGGCGGACGUGAUGGAGACGAUAACGGCUACGCUACGCACCGUGGCUUGCUGCGUCCACCUCAGCCAGCUCGCCUCGCCGCCGAACGCAACUUCGUCCCACCUGCAGUCAGCGGCCAGCAGUUCCCAAGCGAUCAAUCGGAGAUGGACAACUUCACCGAGGCGAUGAUCACGGAUGAUCCGUUUGUGUCAGGCGGAAAGAUGAGUACGCGCCAGAGGAGGUAG